UUACAGGCCUACGGGUCAGGUUAUUAAUGUAUUGCUGACUGUGCUGGGACUGCGCCUCGCGACUGUCCGUACAAAUGGCGCAGCAGCAGCAGCAGAUGAAGCGCGCGCUGCAGCAGUGCAUUGAUGCACAGAAAGACGAUCUGCACAGUUUAAGCCGGGACAUUUGGAGCAACCCCGAGCUCGCCGGAAACGAGACACAGGCGCACGACAGGUUGGUCCGCUUCUUCUCUCGGGACAAAACAUGGACGGUCGACAGUCACUACAAACUACCCACCGCAUUCCGGGCCGUCUGGGAUCCGGUUGGUGGCCUCGAGCGAGCACUGAAUGUGGGCUUCCUCUGCGAGUACGACGCGCUUCCGGGUAUCGGACACGCUUGCGGGCACAACUUGAUAGCGGAGGUGGGAGCUGCAGCCGCUCUGGGGCUGAAAUCUGCUUUAGAGAACCAGAGUGAACUCCUUCAACCAGUUAAGAUAACAGUAUUGGGAACUCCUGCGGAGGAGGCUAUAGGAGGAAAGAUUGACCUGAUCAAGGCAGGAGCGUUCACUGACAUGGACCUGGUCUUCAUGGCUCACCCCGCUCAGCAAGAUGCUCCAUUCCUGCCCGGUGUUGCUCUCGAUGAGGUGAUAGUGAAGUACUAUGGGAAAGCGUCUCAUGCUUCUGCGUACCCUUGGGAGGGAGUGAACGCCCUGGAUGCUGCUGUGCUGGCCUACAACAACCUCUCUGCUCUCAGACAGCAACUCAAACCAGAGUGGAGGCUUCACGGCAUCAUCAAACAUGGAGGGGAGAAGCCCAACAUUAUCCCUGCCUACACAGAGUUGGAGUAUUAUCUGCGCACGCCGCUGGUGAAGGAUCUUUUUGACCUGAAGGCCAAGGCUGAGGCUUGCUUCAGGGCAGCUGCUGUUGCCACCGGCUGCCAAGUGGAGAUAACCUACCCAUACAAUUCCUACUAUAACAUUCUGCCUAUUGCCACGCUAGCAAACCUGUAUAAAAAUAACGGAGAAGCUUUGGGGAUUCAGUUUCCAGAGCAGCCAAACAAUUUUUCUGGUUCUACAGACUUUGGCAACGUAUCAUACGUAGUCCCCGGUAUCCAUCCUUUCUUCUAUAUCUGCACCGAUGCGCUAAACCACACUGAGGAGUACGCUGUAGCAGCAGGAGCUGAAAAGGCCCAGUUGUACACCCUGAGGACUGCCAAAGCCCUGGCUAUGACAGCUGUGGAUGUAGUGUGCUCCCCCGAUCUGCUGCGGAAAGUGAGAGAGGACUUCAGCCAAGCCAAACGGAAACAGGGGAAACACCUGGAAGGCACGGACACAUCUUUGACGGCUCCAUAAAUACAAUAAUAUGAAUAACAGUUAUAGAAAAUAGUUGUUCAAGGUUGUGUUGGGCUUUAAGUCUAGGUCUACCUAUGUUGUAAACAUAUUAUCUAUAUUUCACGUCUGUCCGUCCUGGGAGAGGGAUCCCUCCUCUGUUGCUCUCCCUGAGGUUUUUCCC